AUGAAGUAUCAAAUUGCUUUGCUAGUCUUCGGACUUGCUUGCUUGGCAAGCGCUAACUCAAUCGCAAUAGUUGACGAGGGAAUCUGGAUUAAUCUUGAAGAGUCAGAACUUACCAACGUCAAGAUCACCUUCAGAAGAGCUGACACCAAUUCCGCAUGGGAUCGUUUCCACAGCUUGAGACUCACAACCCGCGAAGCUAUUUUGGACACUCAACACGCCAUCCUGAAGGAUCACGCUGAUGUCGUUCAAGCUGAUAUUACCGCUCUUUUGACAAACUUAAUUCAAUCUGGAAAGAGACACUAUCUCGAUCAACUCUGGAUCACAACAGAGCUCAUUGUUCGCGACAUUGACCGAGAAACCGUUGAAUUAUUGAGAGAUCACCCAGACGUUGAAUCAUUGGUCGCUGAAGAAUUCAUUCCAUUGGAACAAGUCGAAGAAGGAGAAAGCUUUGACCUCGGAGACUUCAACAGCACAAUUCAAAAUCAAUGGGGAGUCGUAAACGUACAAGCUCCAGCUGCAUGGGCUAGAGGAAUCACCGGAACUGGAGUCGUCGUUGGAAGCAUUGACACUGGAGCUCGUCACACUCACGUAGCAUUAUCCCCAACUUAUCGUGGAAACAACGCAGGUGAAAACCACAACUAUAACUGGCGUGCACCAACUGGCAAUGCUGCAAUUCCAUCUGACACAAACGGACACGGAACUCACUGCAUCGGAACACACUCCGGAACUCAAGGUAUUGGUGUUGCACCAAACUCUCGCUGGAUCGCUUGCCGUGGUUGCGCAACUGCCAGUUGCUCUCGUUUUGAUCUUGAAUCAUGCGGUAACUUUAUGGCUUGUCCAACAAACACUGCUGGUGGUGCCGCCCAAUGUGCCAGAGCUCCACGUAUCGUAAGCAACAGUUGGGGUGGUGCUGGCGGCCAAACCUGGUUCAAUCCAGUUCUAACCGCAUGGAGAAAUGCUGGCAUUUCCGGCGUCUUUUCUGCUGGAAACUCUGGUACCGCUUGCAACACCGUUGGAUCACCAGGAGAUCAACCUCUUGCUUUCAAUGUUGGAUCCAUCACAAGCACAAACACUCUUUCAACUUUCUCCAGUGUUGGCCCAGGACCAAACAAUGCUAUCAAACCAAAUGUCGCUGCUCCCGGAACUAGUGUUGCAUCCGCUUCUCAUUUGAACGAUACCGGAUUACGUACAUUGUCUGGAACUAGUAUGGCCUGUCCUCAUGUUGCUGGAGCUGUUGCUUUAGUUUUCCAUGCUCGUGGAGGCACUGUCGUUGCCGCACACGAAAGAAUUACUAGUACGGCUUUGGCCCAUGUAUCCGGCGGAAGAACUUGCGUUGGACGACCAGAAGGCACCCGCCCCAACAAUCAUGUUGGACACGGACGCAUCAAUGCCAACGGUGCUGCUUAA